CAUUAUAAGAAGCACUGUAGCAUUUGAGACGGAGAGAGAAAGUCAUUCUGUGACACUGGGCUGAAGUAUUAAGGUUGGAACACAUCCGUUGCAAUGGCAUGGACAACAAGUCUUAGUAAUCUGGUGUUAGCAGUGUACGGAUUCACUCUCAUCACAGGUCUUCCUGCCAACAUCUUGGCAUUAUACACCUUCUUCCAGAAGAUUCGCAAGAGAUCCACUCCUAUGGAUAUCCUGCUACUCAGCUUAACCAUCUCCGACCUGAUCUUCCUCUUCUUCCUGCCGUUUCGUAUGGUGGAGGCGGCAAAAAUGAAGUGGACCCUGCCGUACUUUCUCUGUCCGCUGUCGGGUUUCAUCUUCUACUCCACCAUCUACAACAGCGCCUUCCAUCUGACGGCCAUCAGUGUGGAGAGAUAUCUGGGCGUGGCCUUCCCCAUCAAAUACAAGUUAAAACGCAACCCCAGAAACGCUGUGAUAGCCGUGGUGUUUUUCUGGCUGAUAUCGUUUGCGCACUGCAGUAUCGUCUAUAUCAUGCAAUAUCACGACCACUCAAACCCCAACUUCACCGAGCCGUCUAUGAGGAACACCUGCUACGAGGAGUUCAGCGCUGAACAGUUGAAGAUCCUCCUGCCGGUGCGGCUGGAGCUUUUUGCCGUGCUGUUCUGUGCGCCAUUCCUCAUCUGCUGCUUUUGCUAUGUCCGGUUCAUCCACAUCCUCUCCAAUCUACCCAACAUCAACACCAAGAAGCGCAUGAGAGCUAUCGGCAUGGCCCUGGGGACCCUGCUGGUAUUUAUUGUCUGUUUUGCACCUUACAAUAUAACUCAUGUGGUGGGGUAUGUGGGUGGCUACAGCCCUGAGUGGCGAGUGUAUGCUCUGCUUACCAGCACAUUUAACGCAUGUCUUGACCCGUUCAUAUUCUACUUCUCUUCUGCGGCACUCAGAGGAACGUUUAAUCAUGUCUUGAGAGAGGUGUUCAGACGGCUGUCGUUACUUUGCUGCCGCUCGACUCUCUACUGCCCCCUGUUGAACUGUUUGAAUUCAGAUGAGAGGACUCAGAGCUCUACCGAUAGCUCUCGGUAACAUCACAAGCAGUAGCGUUUUGAGAUUUUGCAUUGAUUGAUCAGAGAAGCGAGAAGUCUGAGAAGAGGCACUGGGAUCUCUGGGAUCUGUUUUGUAUAUUUUAUUCAUAUAUACUGUAGAUACACAAAACUCUUAGUGUCCAUAUUUGUGUGUUUCAAGUGGAGGAUGGCCAGUGCAUGUCGAUCAGUCUAUUAUAUGACAUUUACAUGUUUUUUAACACUUUUUAUCCAAAGCGACUUACAUUGCAUUAUACUAUACUAUAUUGUUUCUGAGUACUUGCAAUCCCCAGUAUGGAACACAUGACAUUGCUAGUGCCACGCUAUAACCACUGAGCUACAGGAAAGCCGUCCAAAUGUAGUAUAUGUAAUUCUGAUACCCUCUGUGUCAACACCUUCUUGGAUGUAUGUAAAAGAACAAGAUCACUAUAAAGAGUGAAUAAUAUCCCAUAGGAAAAUUUUAUUGCUGUGAGGUUGCUACGUAUUUCAUUGCUAAGGAGUUCCCAGUUGUGUUCAUUGAUGUAUCAAAUCUUAGAUGUUUUUCCAAAAAUGUGAAACAAAUGAGUGUAAGUGUUGAAAUCCAUGGGGAAUUUGGAUGUGUAAAAAGAAUGUAGACUUUAGAGGUGAAAUAAUCUGGAUUUUGAUGAGAAAUGUUUAAGCUCAUAUUGAGAUCUUCAAAAAUAUUGAAUUUUGAUUGGAGACAAUUCUGAGCGCAGUUUGACACAUUUUUGACAUACCGUUUUUUAAACAGUAUUCUGUUCCUCAUGUGAAUCCUCUGCCACAGUUUCUGCAGUGCCAAUAAUAGGAACAAAUGUGCCCAACAAUCAUUUCAAAACUUUCAAAUGCAGUCAAGUCACUGAAAAACAUAAAACCAGUGAAAGCAUAUCCUUAAGGAUGGUUUUAAUAGUAACAUUUCACAAUAACUGUGAAUUAAUAAUAAUGUACUUGAUCCGGAUCAAGUCAUGAAAUAUCAUCUGUACACAAAAUAAAAGCAGCUACAUUUUUUAAGUUUUUUAGUAGACAUGAUAUUUUUGUCUCAGGUGACACAAUUUCUUGAAACUGUCUUUGAGUUUCGGCAGCAGCAUGCAGGUCUUGUCUGUUCCAACAUUUUUAUUUUUACACUGAAUGUCAAGUUUUUUUGCUAUGAUCAAAAUGUUUUGUUGCACUUAAUGUAUAUAUUUGUAAUUUGAUCUCGAUUUCUCUUGCAAUAUAAGAUGCAUGUUCUUUCAAGAAAUUAACAAUUUUUUCAUAUA